UGUGCUGACAAGGCCUUCCCUUUCCUGGCCCGACAUAUUCUGAAUCCCAGGAGGGUUUUUUUGUCAUCACCAUGAUUAGAGUCUUCAGGAAAUUCUAGCACUGCAGAGCCCCACCAAGGAGGGAAGAGGCUGGGCUUGGAACCCUGUGUAUCCCAAAUUCAAAGUCGCACAUAGCGAAGGACCCAAGAACCAUGUAGUAUACCUCUUUGCGCCACAGGGGGGAGGGUUAACUUUUUAGGUCUUUUUUUUGUACAAUUAAUUUUUUUUUGGCUGGGAGUUGGUAUACAAGGUGAGCCAGAAAUGGUCUUGCACACCUCUCCCUACCCUAGUGCCUUUCUCAGCUUUCUGAGCUGUCUGUCUUGGGUCUUUGUUUUCCCUUGCUACUGGUUAUUGGAUCGGUUGUUGGCCUCCUGUGUAGCAACAUCACUAGAGAAGCGUAGACGCUCCCAAGAUCCUGCUGCUUUUUUUGCACUUGGGGUCUUGAUCUCUACACCGCUCUACCUGGUGCUUUUACUGGCAUCCUUACCCUUUGCUUUUAUUGGCUUCCUCUUGUGGGCCCCACUGCAGACCAUUAGGAACCCCUACAUCUACUCCUACCAGAAACCAGACAAGCAUGGCGCCGAGCAGGGAACAUUAUCUGGAACCGGGGCGGCACUUGCUGAGUGGCCUACAGGUCGCAGUUUUUGCUUCGGCAGUGCCAAUGUUUGCCUGCUGCCGGACUCACUCGCACGCUUCAACAACCUUGCAGACACUCAACGGCGAGCUCGUGAAGUGGGCAAGCGGAUCCGAAAUGGUGCGAGCAGACCCCAGAUCAAGAUAUACAUCGACUCACCCACCAAUACUUCAAUUAGUGCGGCAUCCUUCUGCAGCUUGGCUACCCAGGGCUUCCGCCGCACCUCAUCUUUGGACCAUCGUCCCGAGCCUGUAGUCACCACUGAACCUGAAACUGAGGCCUUAACUGAGUGUCCCGUUCACCCCUCAGGAGAUACAAGCUCGGAUUGCCCUGUCCACAAUACUGGCCAAAAUUCCUCGGAGUGUCCCCUGCACCCCGAUGGAGAAGAGAAUGCUCCCGAUUGUGCCGUCCACCAGUUUGCAGACCCACAAUCCUCUGGUGACUCUCCAGUACACAGCAACAUCAUCCAGAACUCAGAAGACUGUCCUCUCCAUCCGGCUGGAGUGCAAAUCAGCAUCACCUCUCCUGAUUCUGAGCAGACUGAGGCUGAAAAAGGAAAUCACCAGACCGGGGAUGGAGAUACGGGUAGCCUAGAGAGUCGUACGGCCUCACGGGAAUCCCUGGUUCGCUUCCACGCAGCCGAUGGAGGCAUCUCCCCCAAUAAUACCCUUUCACAACACCGCACCUCAGUCUUUAAAAGGUCGAUUGGGCGCAAACGCCGUCACGGAGAUGACACCUUUGACCAUGAGAUCUCUGCCUUCUUCCCAGCCAACCUGGACUUCCUUUGUCUGCAGGAAGUCUUUGAAAGGCGAGCUGCAGAAAGGCUCAGGAGACAGCUGCACCGCUAUUUUCCAUUUGUGCUAAGCGAUGUGGGACGCUAUGGCUGGAAAGGCUGUUGCUCCCGGUUCAAGUUCUUGAACAGCGGGCUUCUGUUGGCCAGUCGCUACCCUAUUCUGGAUGCCCAUUAUGAGUGCUUCCCUAAUGGGCGCAGCGAGGAUGCUCUGGCUGCUAAAGGAGUUCUUUUUGCCAAGGUGCAGGUGGGAAGCUCUGCUCAGGAUCAGCGGGUUGUUGGAUAUAUCGCUUGUACUCAUCUGCAUGCUAUUGAAGGUGAUUCAUCGGUGCGCUGCGAGCAGUUGGAUAUGCUGCUGGAGUGGGGAGCAGAGUUCAAGAGAGCCACCUCGGGUCCCUCAGAUGAGGAGAAGGUUCUGGAAGAUCAGGUGGCCUUCGAUGUCAUCCUCGGAGACCUCAACUUUGACAACUGCUCCUCAGAGGAUAAGCUGGAACAGCAGCAUGCCCUCUUCACUCAUUAUAAAGACCCCUGUCGUCUCGGUCCUGGAGAAGACAAACCGUGGGCUUUGGGUACACUGCUGGACACGAGUGGUCUGUAUGAUGAGGAAGCCAGCUCACCAGAGAGCCUACAAAAGGUUAUGGAGAAUGAAGAGGGGAGAAAAGAGUACUUGGUGUUCCCUUCUAGCAAGAACCAUUGUCCCAGCCAGAAGGGGCGCAAAAUCCCCCUGAAAGGCAAUGGUAGGAGAAUCGAUUACAUCCUUUAUAAAGAGGAAGGCCUGCAGCCAGACUGGAAAGUGGAUAUAGAGGAGUUCAGCUUCAUCACUCAACUUGCUGGAUUGACUGACCACCUCUCAGUGGCUGCAAGAUUGAUUGUGUCAACUGGAGAAGAGGAGACUUAGGACCCGGCCAUAAUUAAAAAAAAAAAAUCAAUGCCACGAAGAAAGAGGGGAGAGGCAAAGCGAGAGAAGUGAGUGAAAGGAAAAACAGCAGGAGGAGGCAUUCGUCAAACUUCCCGACAGAUGAGGGCAGGGUGAUUGAGAGGGUUGGUAAGUCAUAAAAAACGAUGGAUGAGAUAGAUGGAGAACACAGACAAGAGAUGGGGUGAAGGGAAGGAGAAAACCACCAAUCAGCUCAAAGCAGCAUAAAGGUGUGUGAUUUUGUGGACCUUGGUUCUCCAUCCACCCCAGGACUCUGUGUUUACAUCUGAACUGAAGAACAAAAUUAAAGAUUUACUCACCUUUGCACUUCUGAAGCUUCUCUGGGGCCCUUAAAGGGGCAGAGGCCAUUUUCUGGUGCCAUGACCCGGAUAUCCGAAUGAAGGCUGUUGCAUGGAAGAAUGCAUACAUUGACUAUUCCGGUUGUCCUGUCACACAAUAGGGACAAGGAUGUGUACGUCUGUGUGUUUAAAGUUCCACCGCAAGAUCUAUCCCUCAGCAUUCUUCAAAAGACCUCAGCAAGUGUCUUUCUUUUCUAAAGUCUUUCUAAGGUUUCUAUGGCCUUGCGCCAUCUUUUUAGGGAGUUUAUAUACUGAUAUACAAUACUGAUCAAGGUUGCAUUGUAUGGCCUCAUGUAACACUAAGUUAAAUGAUUGAGAACAUGUUUUGUUGACCGCUGGGAUAUCAAGUCCUGAAGUAUGGCAGGGGAUGUCAUCGCUCAAAACUAUGGGAAAACUGAGCAAUUAAUGGGGAUUCAACCUCAGACUGUUGGUAGAUGCAUGUUUCUCAGUGCACUGCCAUGUUUGUCAUGGCCUGCAUGUCUGACGUGAAAUCCUGUGACGCAAUCAACACAGGGUAUUUUUCACACACAAGCCCCCUCCCCUAACACUUUUCCUUCUUGCAGUAUUGCUGUGGCUCAAUCACAGGAGAAUGAUGUCGUAAAGGGCAUCGCAUUUACACUGUUUACAUAUUUGAGCCAAGAUUGUCGUCCCCUGCAAAUGUUUACACACUUAUCAGGCAAUGGUACCCC